AUGUAUAGCAAAUGCAGAGAACCCGUCACCGCUCACAAGGUGUUCGACAAAAUGCCUGAGAGAAACGUUGUUUCAUGGACGGCUCUCAUGAGCGGACACGUACUCAACGGCGAACUCAACGGAUCAUUAUCUCUCUUCAGCGAGAUGGUGCGUCACGGUGUUAGCCCUAACGAGUUCACUCUCUCGACGAAUCUCAAAGCUUGUGGCUUGCUUAACGCCCUUGAAAAGGGAUUGCAGAUACAUGGGUUUUGUUUGAAGAUGGGGUUUGAAACCAUGGUUGAGGUUGGGAACUCCUUUGAUAUACUUUCCAGAUCUUACUCCACUGCCGAGGUCUCAUUUGAGGAAUUCAGCAGAAACAACCCAAGUUCACAUCAGGACAAGACAAAGAAAGCAGAGACAUGCAAGAGAAUACAGGAAUCCAUGGAGGGAGAGGAGACCAAGCUUAACACGAAAAUCAACUUUUUGAUUGGAUCUCGAGAGACCAAAACAGAGAAAGCCGAUGGCUUGGCUAAACAUAUUCAGUCGGUUUGUAUUUCAAAGCAGUUUCACAUUUAA